UGAUGGGAGUGCUGACGAUGACGACGGCCACGAUGGUUUUUUUUGCCUGCGAGCUUCGAGAAUCACAGCGAAGGAACUCCGCGUUCCGCCCUCAAGUGUUCAUGUCUUAUACGCCCUCUCUCGAGCUCAUGGGAGCAUACACGGUCCAUGCAUUCAAGGCAAACACACCGAUCAUAGGGUAAAAUGGCAAUCGUCUACAUGGCCAAAAGCGGCAAGCGCAACAAAGUACGGCUGCAGAUCAGCUCGAGGUGUGCUCUUUACCGCAUAACCAUGAUCUGCUCACUUUCGGCCUUGCAUUCACGGUAGCCGAUCAGAUGUCAUCGGCGGGGACUGGUGCGGUGCUCGUGGACUGCGACGCCAUCAUGUCCGACAGUCAGGCCGCAACUCAGAAGGGGCAACAAAGUACACCAGUGGGUUGUAUUGACGACAAGGAACUCAGGAAGCAGAGGGCACCGCUGAAGUUCAGUGAGAAGAUUUGGGUCGGCGGAACUCUCACCCUAAUCACUUUCCUCGGCCUGUCCGUGCAGCUGCUACUGCUUGACUACUACUUGAAGUCGAAGCAUCGCAUCCUGAUCACUCUGGGAGACAUGUGCUGGAAGAUUCUGCUCCCUUUCAACAUCGGUCUCUCUUGCAUCUACUUUAACUACUUCCUUUGCGUUACUUCGUCACCUGGACGGGUGCCAAAGGGCUGGAGUCCGCCAACUCUUCCUCAGGCACUGUCAGAGCAAGUGCUUGCGGUCGAGGAUCAAGUUGAAGAAGACGACAAACCCCUGCUCGUGCGCAAGCAUCAGCAACAACGGCCACCUAUCCGCCCAAGCCAACCUCGCUACUGUCGACAUUGCAAAGCCUACAAACCACCGAGAGCCCAUCAUUGCAAGACCUGUCGGAGCUGUACCCUUCGUAUGGACCACCACUGCCCCUGGCUCGCCAAUUGCGUUGGCCACAACAAUUACCCGCAUUUCCUGCGAUUUCUUUACUCCGUUUGCGUGACCUGCUCGGCGCACCUUGUCCUGAUCACCUGUAUAGCCCUCGAUUAUUGGGGCCAGACUACUAGCGGGUACUUCAGACCGCCAACAACGGCCGUCACGGUCUUAUGCAUUCUGAAUUAUAUAUUUUGCGGCAUCACCUUGCUGCUUGUCGGCGUUUUUACCAUGUGGCACAUCUGGUUGCUCUGCAACAACAUGACCACCGUCGAAAGCGCCGAGACGGACAAGGUCGAAACGAUGGUACGACGCGGCCGCCUCGCGCGAGGACGCGAUUUGAUCGAUUUUCCAUUCACUCUCUCGCCAUUCUGGCGGAAUAUCACCGUCGUCCUUGGUCCGACACCGGUCCAUUGGUUCUUCAUGCCUGGUCGCAAGGCGUGUGAUGGUGAUGGGCUCAGCUACGAGACAUGUUCGCAGGUCGAACCGCACAAGCAGUACGACUGGCCGCCGAAGGACCCACUCAAGACUCUUGAACAUGACUAUAUGCGUCAAAAGGCAGGUCGAAGAGAAUACGAGGCAGCAGUGACUGGCGGGCAAAACGGAUGGCACGGCCUUUCAUCGUCCGGGUCUAAACAGCGCGCGGAAUCAAUGCAUCAGCGGCGGCAAAGGGUACACGACGUCGGCGGAGGCGAGCUGCCUACGGCUCAUGAUGCUGAACAGAUCGAACCUGAGCUCGAGGGGGCGCGAUCCAGCGCGUUACAAUGCCCAUCCCAGAGCCACCAUUACAACUAUAGCGUCUCGCCAUGGCACCCGGACUUUGGGCUCCACAGAGACGAUUACGAUGCUGACGAGGGAAGGCGGAGCAGUGACACCAGCACCGAUGAGGACGGCGAAGAUGAAGAUGCAGACCUGGGCGAAGAGAAUGAGAGGCAAUCAUUGUGGCCAUCGAUGGAAGGUUCCCGAGCACCGCGGCCGUAUCCAACAAGCGCCUUCCCCAUUGGCGAACCCACUGGUGACUCUGAUUCCAGCUCAGAGCGAGAUGGGCUCUCAGCGCACGGCGACGAGUGUCUCGCGGACGGCAUGCGGAGCCGCGUACGGCGCGGGUCGGAAGGAUACGAGGUGCAGCCUAAGCAAUUUGAUUUGGCUUAUGAGUACGAGCAAACCUUAUUGGAAAACCAGAUGAUGCGGGAGCAUUUCCUGGCACAGGAAUGCGAAAUGCACGGUCUGGCUGCAGAUGGCCCAGAUGCUCAAGAUGGCGGAGGCGCACGGCGGACGCAAACGCUGCUCUUGCCCUCGGAAGUGCUGCGGCAGCGAGCACAGCAACAUGAUGCUCACGUGCAUGCCCCCACCCCAUGAAGAUUUGGUAGCGGCACAGCUGCUGCUGGGGGAUGUACAGACACACGGACGUUUGAAUUGCAUCAACUUGUAGAAUUAGCGACAGCAAAGUGGCAUUGUUCACCAACAGUACAGGAGCGUACAACGAUUGAACUGCGACGGAAAUGGAGUACAGGUGUCAGCGGUUAGUCUGCGAACAAGCUGACAUGCGAGGAAGCUCACCAAAGCUGGUGAGGCUGCGGCACGCGAGCCCAUGC